GCGUCGUUUCAGAUUUCGAGGACGGUUAAUCGUCAAGACGCUAUGGCACGGCCUAAUAAUUUAGACAAUUGGGAUCCGAUGGCUGCUCAUUUCUACGACGCAAACUUCAAUUCGUACGAGCACGGACCUGGAGUGAAUUUGACGCCUUACGCUAGGGGGGAACCAGAAACAGAGUAUAAACUCUACGUGUCUAAUAUCCCCAUGCAGCUAGACGAGAAUGGUCUAACCCACCUUUUCGCAAAUCAUGGUACACCGGUCAGUGUUAUAUCCCCUCCGAAUGCUGGCUGGGCAUUUGUGAGCUAUAAAAGUUUCCGCGAGGCGGAAAAGGCCAUAAGAGAGGUCAAUGGUGCCAAACCUUUGGAACUGCGCGUAACAUUUGCAAAGAAACGUGAGGAACAGCUCGAUCGCAAUAUGGGCCCUCGGAGGAUGAUAGAACCCAAACCUGUACCUUUUGCUUACAACGUAGAGAACCAGCCUAGGGAGUACAUCAGUCCUGAACAGAUUCCACGCCAUGUCGUACCACCUACCUGUAACAUGGGUCGUGGUAAGAAUUUGGCUGCAUUGCUGCACAGGACUGUUAGUGAUCCUGUUUCUGAUCCUGUGUACUAUGAGGAUGACUGUCUAUAUCCAGUUCCCCGUGAUUCAGCUUAUUAUAAUCCAUAUGAAAAUCCAGAACCUUAUGUAUAUACAGACAAUUUGUGGACUAGAGAUCGGAUGAAAGUAACCAAUGAUGGGACUAGAUAUGUCUCCAUGGGGCGUGGGUAUACCAGGUAUGAACUGCCGCCACGAAAUCCAAAUGUCAACCAGCAUAUACGAGCUGUUUAUGAAAAAAGAGAAGCCGGGCUCUAUCAGUAUGGCGAAAAUAGGAUUGCUGACCAGAUCGGCAAGUGUCAAUACUGUACUAAACCAGCUUCAAGCCGCUGCCAGCGUUGUCAGGAAUUUUAUUGCAAUAGAGCCUGCCAGGUGGCUGACUGGCCAAGGCACAAAGUCGAUUGCCAGGAAAUACCAGGAUUGGAUCCUGGAAUUGACUUGGCGUCUCUUUCUGUCUCAAGCGGUGAAGAGCAACCAGUGCAAUCAAUGAGUAAACGAAGUGUCCUGAAGCUGAGACGUCCGGUAAGACGAGCAGAGUACCAGAACACACCGAAUUCAACAUCAACACCUAUUCUAGACAUAUCUCUGACGUCUGGGAAAGAAAAUAUCCCGAUUCUGUCACAGAAUCAACAUAAACGCGAUCACUUUGGUGAUCAAAAGAGAGUUUUUGAUCAAAGCACCAGUCAUAACUCGGGAUGCUGGAAGCCAGGAAAUAAUGAGGACAGUCAGGUUCUUCGGACUGCCAACGUACAGGGCAAUGAAUCAAAUACAAAUCAAAAGCUGAACUCCUCGAACGAACUGCCGAAAGCAGAAACACAAAUACAGCAAGUUCCAAAAGAAGCCAGUAGACCGGGAUCAAGCAAGAGCUCUUCUUACGGAAGUUAUAAAGUCAAGAAUGCAAAGGAACAAAGUAUGCAACACUCGAAGCCACAAGUUCAAGUACAGCAGAGCGAUAAGUCAACCAAAACAUCCGAUGGAAGCGAACCUAGAAAUCAAAAGCAGGAAAUUUAUCAACAGACAACACAUCAAAUGAAAAGUAUGCAAAUCAACAAGGCAGAAACUGCUAAACCCAAAUUUAAGCUGGACCUCGGAGAUCCAGAUAUUAGCUUUCACAAAGCAACAGAUGCACCAGGGCGUACUGAUAUAAGGCCAGUGUCAAAAGGAGCUUCACACAGAAACGAUGCUGUAGCUGGACCAUCUAGAAGUCAACCAACAACCAAAGCAGUUGAUAAUGAUGUUAGUGCAAAAGAAGUUGCUAAGAGUUGUAGUAAAGGUGAAGCGCUUCGUACCGACUCCUUAUCAAAUCUUCCUACCAAACCUGCGGGACCGUAUCAAAAUGCAAGUGCUCCUCUAUCGUCUCCUACAAAAGGACCAAAAAAUAUUGUUGAGUUACUUGAUGAAAAAGAGGAAGGAUGUUUCGAAGCUCAUGUCCUUCUUGGCAGUAACAAAGCUGCUGUUACGGUCUGUGUUGAAAAAUUCAGACAAGAGUGUGAAAACAUAUUUUCCGUACUGCCAAAGGAGUGUGAUAAAAUUUCGGCGGAUCCCAACUUUAAACCAAAGGUUGGAGAUCUCAUUUGCGGCAAGCGGCUAGAUGAUUGGAUACGGGGCAUCGUACAAUCUCUAGUUCCUUCACUGCGGCUAUUUGCCGUAGAUGAGGGACGUGUUGAACCAGUCAGUGCGGUAAUGCCUCUUUCACAAGGAUUCAGAAUCAUACCAACACUGGGAGCUAUUUGUGAAGUAUCUGACCCAGAAUUUAAACUGGCGCCUAUGGAACAGUAUUUUUUUACUGUGGUAAACAACAAGCAUCAAGAUGUAAAUAAAGACGGAAUCGAAAUCAUUGUAUACAAUUCUGAGAAAAAAUCCGGCAGAGCAAUACUCAAGCCAUGGGCUCCAACACCAGAACAGAAAGGUGUUCCAUAUGCUUCUCUCACAAGCGGGACUGAAGUUUGCAUAGCUUCGUUCCGGAACCAUAACAUGAUAUUUGUACGGAGUCUUGUGCCCAGCGAAAUGGAAACCUUCAAUCGAUUGACACAGGAGGUAGCUAAGUGGUCAACUAAGGUGCAGAAGUUAACAGAGUUACCGGUAAUAGGUGAAAUGGUCUUAGCUAAAUAUAUCGAGGAUGGUAAUUUCUACCGUGCUAUUGUGAGGCAGAUAAAAGAACAGAAGAUUAUCGUUUCCUAUGUGGACUUUGGAAAUAUUGAAACAACGUCACUUGAAAAUCUUCGACCGAUUUCCGAUAGCUUGAAACAAUACGAAUCAUGCGUAGCAAGAAUUGUGUUGAAAAAUGUGCCUAAAGACGUUCCAAUGACCAAAGAGCUAAGCGAGUACCUUGGGAUGUUGGCUGGCUCGGAAAAGCCUCUUAUGUGCACCUUCGAAGGCUCACCGUCGACAGACGGUGUGUUCCUGAAGUUUUCCGAUGGUACUUGCAUCAAUGAGAAAGUUCUCAAAUUGUUGACACCAAGUUGGAAAAAGGAAGAGGACGAUAAGACUGUAUUCUUGCUGUCAGAUCUGGAUGUUGCCGAGCUGGGUGAGCCAGGUCAGACUCUCAGCGUUCUCUGUCUUUUCUCUUAUGGAGCAUUGCUGCAUAUUUUGGCACCCUACGAUGUGGAAUUGAUAAAUCACAUCACUGACGUAAUGGCAGCUCAGAUUAAAGAGUAUUGCGAUCAGCAAAAAGAACACUACAUACCAAGGGCGGACGAAUUGUGCAUUGCUCCAUACGAAGGAAUCUGGUACCGUGCUGUUUGCUUGGAAACAAAUACGUCUGCAACGGAAAGUACCGUAAAUUUUAUAGACUAUGGCAAUGUUGAAACAGUCAGUCAUGAAAAUAUCAGAGUCAUGACGAAAGACUUCAUGUCGACAAAGACAUUGGCCAAUGUUUGCCAGAUCGUAAAUUUAGGGCCACUUGAUGAAGCUGGAAAUUUACCACCCAAAAUAGCCAAAAGGGUCGAAGAGUUGGUCCCUAAUAAUACUUCUGUGGUGGUAAAAAUCGUUGAGCGCUCAAAACCUGGUGAAUACAUCGUUGAAUUUCCAGAAAUACGUAAUAUCCUCGUGAAAGAAGGUCUUAUUGAAGUGUAAAGUAUAUACGUACUGUUUAAGGUACAUAACUGUUACUUAC